AGAAAGCACUUUAAAUUUAAUGUAUACUCAACAUUUUCUGAUAGGGGAUUCUUAAUGCUGCACAAACCAAAUGCAAUAAUAUUGUCUACUCUUUUAUAAUACACAUGUAUAUCUUUAUUUCAGUUUUCUUGUUUCAGUUUUUAAGUUUCUUGCUCAGAUCAGCACCAGUUUGUGAGUGAUGGAAAUGCAUAACAACACUAAUAACUCCAUGUUCCUUACUGGAAAUGUGUCCGUGCCUGCAAAGACAGUGUACGAGACGUGCAGCCACAUGCCCGAGAUCAUCCUCUUCUACCUGGGCAUGCAGAUUAUUAAUAUGUUUAUGGGCAUCCCGACCAACAUCAUGGUCCUGUGGAUGAUCCGCCGCAACCGGAGCGACUCGUCCACGUCGGACAUCUUCAUCUGGCAUCUGGCUAUGCUGGACACGUUCUUCUGCCUCAUUCCACCGCUGGAACUGGCCAACCUGCUGUACCUGACCACCAGCAGCACCUGGUACGUGCUGCGCUUCUUCUACGGCAUCAAGGAUUCGUCACCGCUUUUCCUGGCGUGCAUCUGCAUGGAUCGCUACAUGGCCGUGCGCCAUCCCAUCAUCUUCUCGAACCUGAAAGACCGAAGCCAUCGUCCCGUGUGUGCCGGCGUCGUGUGGUUCAUCACACUGGUGUAUGCAGUGCUCAAGUGCCUGGGAAGCAUCCCCAAUUUCGAUAAAGUGUUCACGAUCAUGAUCCUGGCCACCUUUGUGUUCAUGCUUUUCUGCAACAUCUCCAUCCUGUUGGCACUGGGCCAAUCCGGUCCGGGAAGAGACGACAUGCAUCCGGUCAAAAAAAGAGCCUUUAAGAUGGUGCUCAUAAUUUUAGCCAUCAUAGUUUUUAAUUACUUCCCUCCUGUAGCUCUCUUCCCAUUUAAGUCCUAUUUCUCUGCUGAUGUGUUUAAUUGUUAUAUCCAUUACAUAGCUUUCGGGUUCAUGGACAUCAGCAGCAGCAUUCAGCCCGUCCUCUACCUGUCCAAUAAGAAACCGCAAUGUCCAUCCUGGUGCUGUGAGUGCUGCAGCACUAAAGAUACCGAGACUGGAAAAACAACCGAGUCGUCCACGGUAUGCACUACGGUCGGAUAGACGGUCAUUGAGUGGGAAAAAACAACACAUUUCAAAACUUUUUUUUUGUUAUAUUUGAAAACUCACAUUUUGCCAAAUUACAUAUACUUUGAAAUUGAAGUAAAUAUUAUUUGGCUAAAUGUGAAAAAUAAUUAACAUAAUGUAAAGAGAUAAAUCCUAAAAUUCACAAAUACAGAGGAAAAUUUAUUUAUGUAAUAAAACACAGGAAAAAAUGAAUCAUGUCGGGAAAAUUCACAUUGGAAAAAUUAAUCGCGGAAGAAUUCAGACAAAAAAAAAUUAUGUAAAUGAACAAUCAUGUAACAAAAAAAAAGUGAGACGUGAAAGUAAAUAAUCGUGUAUAAAUCACAAGAAAAUAGAAAAACGGGUGCUGAAAGUAAAUACAAAUACGUUUUAAAAUUCAGGUGAAAUUAAAUAAACUGACUAUCAAUCGCAUGUGAAAAACAUCUCUUCUGUAAAAGGGACUUUUAGAUAAAAUGCUGGAUAU